AUGGCGCGAGGACGCGAUGACCGGGCCACACGACACCGUGACGACGGCGAAUAUCUCGACGAGCGAGAACGGAGACAUCGCCGACACAAGUCCCGCGAGCACCACGACAACGAACCCACAGCUUCCACACGAGAACGCAGAGAGCGCCGACGGGCGGACGAGGCAAGGAGGCAAGCAGAGGUGGACAUUGAAGAUUUGAGGGCGCGCAGAGAAUCUUACUACUCACGCAACGAGGCCGAGAGGAGGCGCGACCGAGACAGUCGCAUGGAGAAGGAGAGCAGCAGACGGGCAGCUCCCGUCAAGGAAAAGUCACGCAGCAGUCGCGAAAAGGACGUGCGACGGGACAGCACGCGGAAGCCCAAGAGGCGAGAAGUGAUACCUGAUGAUGAGGACGACUUCGUCUUUGGCCGCCCCAAGUCCAUGGGCCAUGUCGAAGAAGUCACUGUGCGACGAUCGUCGGCGCGCAAGAGAAGCGAGGAAGGCAAUUCUUCUAGCAGGACUGCCUACACUCCGCAUUCUGGCUCUGGAUCUGCGUCAGUCCGCAGGGUCGAAGUCCCGCCGUUGACCAGGAAUUCUUCUACACGCGAGCCAAAAGCACAUACACGUGAUGCGCCUGUUAGAGAGGCCAGACCCUCUGGUACACGGCAGCGGAGCAAUACUGUCAAGUCGCCACCCCCUACGCCGCUUACCAGGACGCAGUCGGUCAAGGAUGCUGCCCGUCGGAGUACCGGGGGCAUCUUAUCAAGCUUGUUCUCUAAGCCUACUCCCAUCUCACGUUCGUCUUCCCGUAGGGACCGGGAUGAGGAGAAGAGGGUCGACUGUCUCGUGUGCAUGAACGAUGACCUUCCUCUCAGCAAGACUGUCAAGCUUGCAUGUGGUCACCGCAUGUGCUACGGAUGCCUCAAACGCCAAUUCACCCUCUCGGUCAAGGAUCCUGCCCACAUGCCACCCCGAUGCUGUACCUCAGAGCACAUCCCGUUGAAGUAUGCCGACCGACUCUUCGAUGACAAGUUCAAGGUCCAAUGGAACAAAAAGUUUCAAGAGUACACAACCGCCAACCGCCUGUACUGUCCCUCGAAAGGAUGCGGCCAGUGGAUCAAGCCUUCAAAGAUCAAGAUGGACCCAACGUACGGCCGCAAGUACGCACGCUGCAGCUCAUGCAACACCAAGGUGUGCGUACUCUGCAACAGUAAAUUCCACACGAAGCGCGAAUGCCCCAAGGACGAGGAGACCAACCGUCUAGUCGAGAUGGCCAAGGAGAAGGGUUGGCAACGGUGCUACAGCUGCAAGGCUGUAGUCGAGCUGAAAGAAGGUUGCAAUCACAUGACCUGCCGCUGCACAGCACAAUUCUGCAUGGUCUGCGCCGCUCCCUGGAAAACUUGCAACUGCCCAUGGUUCAACUAUCAACACAUUCCCGACGACGACCGCCUAAACGACAUGCGCGUUCCCUACCCCCAACAAGCUCGCUACGCCGACGUAGAAGUCAUCGAAAUCCCGGAACAACCUUCUCCUCCCCUGGCCCGACGCCCCAGCGUCCGCACCCACAACCGCAGUGAACGCGACCUCCCCCGUCCCGAAUCCCGCAGGCUAUCUGCCCACCUUCGCAACUCGCUUCACCUCAACCCCACGCCCACCGUUUCUUCCGUCCGCCGCGACGGACCGGAGGCCGCAGUAUACGGCGUUGGUAACGCGGCUGCUCACCACAUGAACGACUCGUACGCCAUCCGCACCCCCGUGUCUGCUGUACGUACCGCAACCCGCACAUCGACACCCCGCGGAUCCUUUUUCAGCAGUAGCACACGCCGCCCUGCGCCUGCUCCCGCGCCCGUUCCUGUAGCCCGUCCCGUUCGACCUGCUCCCCCUCAGCAGGUCGUCACCUCUUCUACCAUGGCUGGUCUAUCCCGCGACGGCCGCAAAGUCGGGCAGAACCGUGUGGGCACUUGGCUCACACAUGUCCAAAUCGAUCCUGAAGCUACCAACACAGCGGCACAGGGUGUCGAGGUGGAUGACUGGAGGUGCGAUGGUACCAUGAUUGGUAUCGACUAG